CUCGGGGGGCCCCGCGCUCGGCGGGCCGGGGCCGCGGGGAGGCCGCCAUGCCCAGCCAGACCAAGUACAACCUGGUGGACGACGGGCACGACCUCCGCAUCCCGCUGCACAACGAGGACGCCUUCCAGCACGGCAUCUGCUUCGAGGCCAAGUACAUCGGCAGCCUGGACGUACCCCGGCCGAACAGCAGGGUGGAGAUCGUGGCCGCCAUGCGGAGGAUCCGGUAUGAAUUUAAAGCCAAGAACAUCAAGAAGAAGAAAGUGAGCAUUAUGGUGUCAGUGGAUGGCGUGAAGGUGAUUCUGAAGAAGAAGAAGAAGCUUCUCUUGUUGCAGAAGAAGGAGUGGACGUGGGACGAGAGCAAGAUGCUGGUGAUGCAGGACCCCAUCUACAGGAUCUUCUACGUCUCCCAUGAUUCCCAAGACCUGAAGAUCUUCAGCUACAUCGCCAGGGAUGGCUCCAGCAACGUGUUCAGGUGUAACGUCUUCAAGUCCAAGAAGAAGAGCCAAGCCAUGCGGAUUGUCCGGACGGUGGGUCAGGCCUUUGAAGUCUGCCACAAGCUGAGCCUGCAGCACACCCAGCAGAGCGCGGACGGCCAGGAGGACACGGACCCCGAGAACAGCGACAGCUCGGUGGGCCCAGCCUGCCAGCUGACCUGUGCUGAAAGAGCUGUGGCCGCCUCCACCGAGGAGACCGACAUCGACGCCGAGGAGACCCCGCUCCCGGGCGUCGGCUCCCUGGAGUUCAGUCGUGGGGUGACGGACCUCGAUGCCGUGCGGAGGGACGGGGACUCCCUUCCGGGCUCCCAGGCCUCGCUGACCCGUCAGGAGAGCAUCCUGUCGGCUUCGCCCAAGAUCCCGCUGCCCUCAUCCUCGCAGCUGCCCGGCCCGGGGACCCCGCUCUCCAACCACCACCAGCUGCAGCUGCUCCAGGAGCUCCUCCAGCAACAACAGCAACAGACCCAAGUGGCCGUGGCCCAGGUGCAUUUGCUGAAGGACCAGCUGGCAGCCGAGGCCGCCGGGCGCCUGGAAGCCCAGGCCCGCGUGCACCAGCUCCUGCUGCAGAACAAGGACAUGCUGCGGCACGUCUCCCUGCUGGUCAAGCAGGUGCAGGAGCUGGAGCUAAAGCUGGCGGGACACAACACUACGGGCUCCCAGGACAGCUUGCUGGAGAUCACCUUCCGCUCCGGGGCCCUGCCCGUGCUGUGCGACCCCACGACCCCCCGGCCCGAGGACCUCCACCCGCCCCUCCCGGGGCCCGGCGGCGCGGCCGACUUCGCCCAGGCGCUGGGCAGCCCCCUAGAUGACCAAAGCAUGUUUGAGAAUUGGAAUGCUGCCCUCGCUCCAAAGCUGCAGGCCAGCCGGUCCGUCCCCCAACUGCCCAAGCCCGGCCCGGGCUCGGCUGCGCCGGGGCCCGGGGAGUCCGGCGGGCCGGGUGCCCGCGCCGGAGGCAGCACUCAGCAUCUCAAGAACCUGGGGAAGGCCGUCGGGGCAAAGGUCAACGACCUCCUGCGCAGGAAGGAGCCCGUGAGCUUCGGCGACGUGGGCGUGAUGGAGAUCAAUCCGAACGUGGGGGCGGCCUUCCCCGGAGCCCGGCCUGAGGAGGCCAGGUCGACCUUACUGGAAGCCUUCCCCCGGCUGGACCCUCCUCCCCCUGGGACCAAGAAGCGGACCCCACGGGCCCUGAAAACCCCCCGGGACAUGCUGUUCCCCCCUCAGCCUGACGCCGGUCCCCUGGGAGGCAGCGUGCAGGCGGUCCCCGGGUGGCCCCGAGAGCCGCCGUCCAAGGAGCCUGUGUCGGAAGGGGCGGGGACUCCCGGCCUCCCCGAGGCAGAGGACCCGGGGCCCGGGGCCGAGCCACGGCCGAACGGGGCGGGCCGCCUGUCCGUGCCUGACCUCAUUCACAAGGACGGUCCCCAGGGCACGGCGGACGCGGUGGGCGUGGCCGGCGGGCAGCGCCGGGCCUCGUCCCCCGACCUCCCCGAGAGGACGGGCCUCAAGCGCAGCCUGAGCCCCGUCAGCCCGGCCGAGUCCCCGCGGGCCAGCGGCCCUGCCCGGGCCGGCAGCCCCCCGCCGGCUAGGACCAACAGCCUGGACUGGGAGGGACGUCACCCAGACCUGCUUUCCUUCGAGUAGGAUCUGCCCCUCCCCCAAACUGGCCUCCAGCCCCAGCCCCUACUUGUUCUGUGGUCUGGUCCGGGGCCAGAGCGGACUACUUAGUGGGCUGAGGGUCAGUCAGUCAGCUGCCUUCUCCCUGAUUCCCCUACCCUCGUGGGUCGGCGUUCUAUCGGUCCCGGUGCUGUCUCCCCGCGGCCCAAGGGUGCCCGCCCCGGCAACGAGAAGAGGACUGGCUUCUCCCCGGAGAAGAUGUCUCUCCCCCGGGACCAGGGUGGGAUCUCCCCGGGAGCGACCGGGGGCCGACCCCCGGCCUGGGAAGGCAGCCGGCUCCAGCGCCUGCCCCCUCCCCCACGUCCCCGCGCCGGGGGCACGACUCCCCUCUUCCCCUGCAGCUCCCUUUCCUCAGCUGCCUCCCCUUCUGCCGUUGAGAGGGGCCCGAGCUGCCCGCCCUGCCCGAGGCCCCGCCGCCCUCUACAUCCCCCCCAGUGGCGUCACCUGAUGGCAUUGCCUUACGGCGGCUGGGGGCCUGACCCCGGGGAGGAGGCCGACUCCGAGUAAAAUUCCAGGGAAGGGACGGGGACCCGCGGCCUCUCCGAGGCCCCUCUCCAGCUGAUCCACAUUUGCUCCUCGACUUCCUGGGCCUUGGGCUGCCAGGGCCCAGCACCCCUUUACCAUCCCUGUGGAACUUCCCCCGCCCCGUACACUUCUCUACCUCACCAGGGUAUGCUGUCACCCUCAUUGCCCCCGCCCGGGGCUGAGCCCAAACUAUCCCUCCCGGCCUGGUCUCUGAGCGCUGAGGAUCUCUGCCCCGGCCGAGAGUUCCCUCGAGUUUCCCGUUUCGACCGUAGGCCCGCCUAAGCGCAGUUGGGGGACACCUACCCCUCGCCGUGGUAGAGGUCAGGCCAGGAGGGGCCCGAGUGUCUCCUCUUCUCUCUCUGGGUGUUGGAGCGAAUCAUGAUCCUCCCGGAAUACGGGCUGUCGUGGGAGCCGCCCUCCCCACCCCCCAGGGCCAGAGGGGGCUGCCUGGCGUGGAGGCAUGGUGGGAUGGGGUUGGCUGCUCGCAGCUCAGAGGGAACCGGCCCGCGGCACUUUGCUCCAGAAACCUCCUUAGCGUUGGAGCCUCCGGCGACGCCGGGCGCAGAGAAGAGACAUCGGCUCUAUUCGGAUCCGGAGAGUUUAUAUUUAUAUUUUUAGGGUUUUUUGUAGCCAGGAGCCAAUUGCACAAUAAAAAUUUUUCCGAUGACA